AUGGGGACAGAAUCACCACCGGACCAGACGGGUGCACUACGCACCCGUCUGAAUUUGAAGCAGAGCCACAAGAGUGACAUUUUGGUGGAAGCCUUCACAGCUGCCAUUGAGCUUAAUUUGUUCGAGAUCAUAGCAAAAUCUGGCCGCCCUAAUGCCCACCUUUCUUCAGCUCAGACCGAGUUCAGGCCAGAAUUUGCUAUGAUCUCGAACAAAUUUGCUAUGAUCUCGGCAAUGUUAGACCGACUAUUACAGCUGCUCAGUAGCUAUUCUAUUCUAAAAUGCACCCUUGUUUCCACUGAAAAUGAACAUACAACAAAGUUAUAUGGUUUGACUCCAAUGUGCGAGUUUCUGAUUCCUGAUUCCAACGGAAUGUCUUUUGCUCCCGCAGUUCUCCUGUCUAAAGAAAAAGCAAUUAUAAAUUGCGGUAAUAGCUUGAAAGAUGCAAUACUGAAGGGAGGAACUCCAUUUCACAAGGCUAAUGGACUGUAUUUGUUUGAAUACAUAGGAAAUUCUAGAGGACUGAAUGAGGUUUUCAAUGGAAUAAUGGUUAGCCACACGUGUGUUUUUGUGGGUUCAGUUCUUGAAAAAUACAAAUGA